GUCGAUGACAGCCGGCGAGGCUUUGAAAGUCUUGAGUCUGAUUUCAGUGCAGGAGAGACCAUGUCCGCCGUCAUAGGCAAACUGUACUCACCUCUACUCUCAUUUAAAACUCAUUCUCCAUGAAAUAACAGUAACGCGGGCCCUCAAGGAUGGCCAACUCGGGGGCUGUUCAGGUGAAACUCGAGCUCGGUCAUCGUGCCCAGUUCCGAAAGAAGCCCACAGUGGAAGGUUUUACCCACGACUGGAUGGUGUUCGUCCGGGGACCGGAGCACAGCAACAUCCAGCACUUUGUGGAGAAAGUCGUGUUUCACCUGCACGAAAGCUUCCCUAAACCAAAAAGAGUGUGCAAGGAUCCACCGUACAAAGUGGAGGAGUCUGGAUACGCCGGCUUCAUCUUGCCCAUUGAAGUUUACUUCAGAAAUAAGGAAGAACCGAAGAAAGUUCGCUUUGAUUACGACCUGUUCCUCCACCUGGAGGGCCACCCACCGGUCAAUCAUCUUCGCUGUGAGAAGCUCACCUUCAACAACCCAACGGAGGAGUUUCGUAGGAAGCUACUGAAAGCCGGAGGGCAACGGGAUCCUCACAAACGAAGUUCAGAAGACUCAAAAGUGAUGGUAAUGCAGGAGGGCUCCACCUCCCUAUUCAGCCACAACCUGAAGCUGCCUACACUUCCCAACAGCUCGCUGACAUCCACCUUCUCUGACCCAAAGAAGAGCAAAAGCUUCCAUGGGUCAAAGGAUGGCUCCAAAGGAAGCAGCACCACCCUUCUCACCACCGCCACAACCACCACCAACACCAACAGCAGCAGCUUCUCAAAACUCCACAAACCCUCAAAGGACAACAAAGAUAAGCCUCCAAAAGACUUGAAAGAGCCAAAAAGUGCCUUUAGAGACUCUGGCUGGGAACCCAGCAAAGCCCCCAAAGAACCUUCCAGGAAACCCAAAGAGAACCAACCACUUAGAGAUAUGAAUCCUAAGAUGGGCUUUAAGGAACCCAAGUCUUUGUCCAAGGAGCAUCGGACUGAGGGAAUGACCCACGGGUCAUCGCUAAACAAGCAACUGCCCACCCCCGAUAGUGACGAACAUGUGACCAAAAAACGUAAAAAGGGAUUUGUAGAUCCAUCAGGGAAGCAUACAUCAGGGCCUGAAUCUCAACAUUUGGAUAAGAAACUCUUGAAGGAUAGAUCACAGAUGCGAAUAAGUAAACAGCGAGCAGAAGGCGACGAGGCAGAGCACAGGAAGGUGUUGCCACUUCCGCCAUUCCAGGAACUGGUGGACCCCAAUGACUCUGAUAUGGAGGACCAGUCCACCAAGUCAGAUUCAGAGCAACCCAGUCCAGCCAGUUCCAGCUCCAGUUCAGGCUUUGCUCACACACACCACAAACGACAAGUGGUGGACUUCAUCAUCAGGAAAAGGGUGGCUAUCCCUGCCACCACCCACACAGUGCUGGGCCCACUGCAGUCAGUCAUGCAGGAUCUGCACUCGGACGACAACGAUGAAGAUUCCGACAACGACAAUGACCAUGACAUGGACUCUGAAAGCGAGCGGCCAGCGCACACACAUCUUACACACCACCAACGCAGGGUCAGUUUGAGUGAUGGCAGUGAGAGCGACAGCUCCUCACACUCACCCCCAUGCCGCAAUGAAGCCCCCCCCUUACUAAAGACUACUAAUAACCAGAUACUGGAAGUGAAGAGUCCCAGCAAGCAGAGCAAGCAGGACAAGAACAGAAACUUAGAUUGUGACAAGGCGUACCUGGACGAGCUGGUGGAACUGCACAAAAGAUUGAUGACGCUCAGAGAAGGUCAUAUCCUGCAACAGAUUGUGAACCUGAUUGAAGAGACGGGACACUUCCACAUCACAAACACUACGUUCGACUUCGACCUUUGCUCCUUGGACAGAAGCACAGUCCGCAAGCUGCAGAGCUACCUGGAGACGUCCGGGCUGUCCUGAGCCCCGGAGCAGCGGGCUGCUGGAUCUCGGUCUCCACGUAGACUUUGGAUCUUUCUUGAACAAACUCCCAACUUUGGAUGCAAAGCAAAAGCCCCGCUGUGGGCGGGUCCAGUUGCUGGGUCUAGCCUGCUGAUUGGACCGCUCUGAAUACAAAGGAACCAGGGCCACGUGUUGUUGGGGGGGGCGGUGAGCCCUGUGGAUCAGGAGAUCACCCAGAAAGCCUUGAAACGUCACUUGAUUUCAAAAAAAUAAAAAAACAAGUGAGGACUUGUUGCUCUUAAUGAAUGUGCAUAUUUUUACCAUUUCUGUUCUUUGAUUUAUCGUUCGUUGGGAAAAAUGCAUGGUCGACAUCGCCUUACUACAUUGUAAGUUUUAUUUAUUGAAGUGUGUGUGUGUGUGUGCGUGUGUGUGUGUGUGUGUAAGCACUUGACAGCAGCGUAUAUUUGACUCUGUGUGACAGUUGAGCAUUACUGAAUGUAAUACUGAAUCAUUUCCAUGGGAACAAAAAAUUGCCAGAGCAGGUGUGAAGGUGACGCACGUACAUUAAUAUUCCAGUCUAGAGAAGAAGCAGAUCCCGAGGUCCAGAUACAGAUCCAGCCUGGCUGGGGGAGAACGGAGGCGUUGGAACUGUACAUCCAAGUCCAUGUUGGUACCCCCCAAGGGCUAGUCUAAAAAAUAACGCUACAGCUGUUCUUAUCUCCCUCUGCCUCAUGGAUCUGACCAAUAAUUUUCACUGAAACGUCUUUUUCUACAAACAAACUUCAUCAUGACGUACAGUGGCUUUGAAUCCCUCUUACAGGAAGCUUGUGGUUAUUGAUUCCAUAUUUCUAAUAUUGCAUUUAUUAUAAAGCCCAACUCACAGACUCGUUAGAUUAACGUGGUCAUGUGGACUCCACAUGCAGGAGAGAGGUUGGUUUUCCACACCAGCGCGUCUCAAGUGCAACACCAUUUGGCAGUUUUUUAUUCCCAUAUUGUGACACUGUAGAAACAAGACUGGAGCGAGCUGAGCACUAAGGACUAAAGUGAACGUUGUCAUGCUAUUGGUACCAAAUCCAGGACUAAUGUGCUGCACCAGGUCCUGCUCAGCUUCAGGGCCAAAUGCAGAGUAAAUAGACCCGCUUGGUUUAGGGUACUACUACUGUUGGGGAAAUCCUUCUCUCUUUGUAGAACAGACCGAGCCCUGGAAGAGGAAAGGGGGAACAAAGUCCCAGCAUGCAGUCCGACCGCUCCUGCAUUUCUGAAAUGUGUGAAAUAUUUUGGUUAGAUUUAACAAAAGAGAGAGCCAAAGGGAAUUUUUGGCAGACGAGUACUGUUACGGGUGUCUUUUAUUUAUUUUGUGGGUGUUUGAGUUGCAUCCGUUUCCCGAGGAGAACGCCUCUGUUUGAUUUUUAAAGUUCAGGAUUCACCUUGAAGGGCUUCCUCACCCUGUGUUCUGUCUUAUGCUUUCUUGUGUAUUUUGAGGACAUACAAUAAAUAUUCUGUAUGAUGUACAGAGGAGUUA